UACAGGCAUGGUGACAUCACAGAUUUAAAGCUCUGCAAAACAUAUUGGUUGAGCAGUCUUUUUCCUUAGAUGACAGCCAAGAGACAAGACUGCCCUUCCCUCUGAGCCAUGAGAGCAAAGUUGGAGGUCUUAGCCCUGGUCUUGGGCUUCAUCGGCCUGGUUGGGACCAUAGCGGUCACUGCCAUGCCCAUGUGGAGGGUCUCUGCCUUCAUUGGUGCCAAUCUCAUUGUCAUGGAGGAACUCUGGGAGGGCUUGUGGAUGGAUUGCUACAGACAGGCCAACAUCAGGAUGCAGUGCAAGGUGUAUGACUCCGUGCUAAUUCUUCCACUCGAGCUGCAGGCGGCCAGGGGGCUCAUGUGCGUGUCCAUAGUCCUGGUUGUCAUCUCUCUGUCCUUCACAGGAUGUGGGACCAAGAAGAGCAAUUGUUGUGACGACAGCAGAAAAGGCAAGAACAUCACUCUGGCCUUAGCGGGGGGUUUCUAUCUGCUUUCCUCUUUGACCACACUCAUCCCUGUCAGCUGGGUGGGCCAUACUGUCAUCAGCAACUUUUACAACCCAACGGUGCUGGAGUCUCAGAAACGGGAGCUGGGGAAGGCCCUCUUCAUUGGCUGGGCCACUUCUGGUAUUCUGCUGAUCACAGCGGUCAUCCUUCUGUUCAGCUACAGCAAACGUAGCUCAAAGGAGGAAGAGUCCUACACCGACGCACAUUUUAUGGCGGCAAGGGAUGUACAGAAAGAGGAUAUUGUGUACCUGGGGAGAACGCCAUCCAGCUUUCAUAAGCAUCAAGAAUAUGUGUAAAGAACUGAACUUUAUUGCCUGAAAUAUGCAAUUUCUACUUUCCAUGUGUCUAAGAUUUGAAAGAUGUUGCCUGAAGGUCAAGAAGAUGCAAAUUAUGUGUAUGUUUUCACUACCUAUUUACACAUUUUAAUCACUCUGUUUAAAUGAAUAAUGUACUUGUGUUCUUAUUGCACUAUGAAUUGUUCUCAUGUCCAUUGUUUGUAUUGUCAGCCCAAAUCCUUCACAGUUUAUGCAUUCAGUUAGCCUGACAAGCCAGACCCACAUCCAGAUGUUGGGUAUGGGAACUCACCAUUGACAGGGCUCAAUCAGAGGGGCGGGAUAAACUGUUGUCUUUCAAAUUCCGUCUGCACGCAAUA